GAGGAAAGCAGCGGGAAAAAAAAGUACAAUAUAAAGACGAAAACUUUCCUUAAACACAAAAGCAGCCUGUUGGUAAAGCCUGAACAACAGCCCUCUCUCUCUCUCUCUCUCUCUCUCUCUCUCCCCCCCACACCCAAAACGGCGUGGAGAGGAGGAGAGGCGGGUGGCAGGUGUUCAGUUGCGGGAGACGCAUCGCCUCAGUCGGUUCCCCGGUCCUCAACAGGGCGCCGACACCGGAGGAAGACGACCGGAGCACCGCCAACUGUGGACAUAAGCUCCCCCCCAGUGAGUACGAACGGACACCGCCACGCGCUUAUGAAGUAGCCCUAACGGUCAUUUUCUGGCUCUUUUCCGCGAGGACGUUGUUUGGAUACAUUAAAAAAAAAAAAAAAAAGAAGAAGAAGAAGAAGAAGAAAACGGCUCCAGUGUCGCAGUAGCGGUAGUGAGAGUAACAUUACCGGUUGUAACGCAGCUCAAACCAACGGUUACUUUCCUGCUCGGACGUUUCAACACCGGUGAAUGAAGGAUAAAUUAACAACAACAACAAAAAAAAGUCCUGGUUGUGACUGGAAAACUUGGAAGUGACGCUAACCUGGGUCAGUUUUGCUAUCCUGUUAAUGUUUUUUUUUUUUUUGCUAACCUGUUGUGUCGUUUUUUUUUCCGUGUAAUCCGAGACGCGGCGCAUUAAGACAAGUUAGCUGAUCUGGUAUCAGUGACAACACUCUCGGUUUGGGAGAGUUUAAUGAAGAUCGGAAUCUAAGUUGUGUUCUAAUAACACACCGAAGCCCCCCCCCCCCCCCCCCCUCCAUCUCCCCUCUUCAGGAGUUUAUUUGUGGAAAGAGAGCAGGGGUUUUCAAAGAAUCAAUUAGUGGAUUGAUUCGAGAGGCAAACACACACUACACACAAAUACACACACAUACGGUUGGAUGAUGUACGUGUUUCGCUGCUUUUCUGUUAAUACGACUAGUGACUAAACAGCGAAAUGAUCCACGGGACAAAUCCCCGGUGAAGACAUCAAAACAAGCGCGGAUUUAUGGUCGAUAGCACAGAGUAAGCCGAUAAGUCUAAAAUACACUCAAAUGUAUUAACUGUGGGAUCAAUCCAUAUGAGAGUGAGGUUUGAUGUAUGAUGGGACACACACAUGCACAUUCACUGAACUGGACUGUGAGGGAAAGUGUCUGUGUCUGAGGCUUCCCCCACCAUCUCCACCACCUCCUCCUCCUUCUCCAGCUGCCUGCGGAGUUUUGGAAACCGGAGCCGGGAAGUGCAGAGCGGGGUGCCUGUCAGCGGUGACAGCGGUACUGAACUCCCCAGAGCUCGGGUCUAAGGUUUACACAGAAUCCGCUCCUCUUUCACCCCCUCGUUCCUUUUACGCACACCAGGAGUUGGAGCAGCAAAAAAUAACGACCCACGGACUGUGUUUGAGCGCAUAUUCCGGCGCGAUGAUACGAGAAAUCUCCCGCCCCGUUAGGUCCCGUGUGGAGCCGGUGGAGGGACCAGGGAGCCGGCAACAGAAGCAGCAGAGGAUGAGGAUGAUGAGGAUGGGAACCGUGACGAUCCGGACUGGGACUCUGCUUCUCCUGCUUCUUUUGAGCAGCAGCUGCCACAUGUUGCACGGCCAAGAGGUGGCUCCCUACCUGCGAGGGGGCGGACCGGGGCAGCAGUUGGUGUUGGAGGGAAACAGGCUGGUGCUGACCUGCCUGGCUGGAGGCAGUUGGCCUCUGCAGUACCGCUGGAAUCUCAACAACAGCAACAUCACUGACUGGUCACCACAGUACAGGUUGACCAUCGCCUCUGUGAAGAGGACGGAUGCCGGCCUGUAUCAGUGUAUGGUGAGAAACAGGAUGGGAGCAGUGAUUCACCGGAGGACUGAGGUGCAAGUGGCCUAUUUAGGAACCUUCUCUGGAGAGGAGCAGAGAAAGACGGUGACUCAGGGCCGUGCCGCCGUCAUCAGCCCGCCUCCCCUCACCUCUUUUCCUCAGCCGUUAGUCACAUGGUACAAAGACGGACACAAGAUCAUCCCCAACAACCGAAUAGCAAUCACAUUGGACAAUCAGCUGGUUGUCUUGGCAACAACAGCAACAGAUGCCGGACGUUACCAUGUGGAGGCAGUGAAUGAAAUGACAGGAGAGAAUGCGACGAGUCCGGCUGUCUACCUAAGCAUCUCAGUUGGCAAGAAGAACCGUGGGUCAGCAGAUCCUGAGUCAGAGCUUGUGGCUCCAACGAUUGUGGUCGGACCGAAAAACACAACGGUGGUGGCAGGGAGUGAGGUGACACUGGAGUGUAUUGCUAAUGCCAGACCAUUGGACGGCCUUGUGGUGUCAUGGAAACACGAUGGGCGUCGGCUGGCCAGUGGGCGUCGGCUCGUUAUGCCAGCUCCCUCCUCUUCUGACACAGGGUUCUAUGUUUGUGAGGCAUUGCUUAGCAACAGCACUGCCAAACCUGUGGAGGCGAGGGCUCACCUCAGUGUAACAGAGCCCCCUUCUCUCUCUGCUCAGCCCAAGACGAAGAUCAUCGCUGAACUCGACAGGAAUGUGGAAAUCCCUUGCACGGCCACAGGCAUGCCCCAGCCCAGGAUGGAGUGGUAUAAGGACACGGUACCUUUGUCCAAACUGGCCAACCCUCGCUACAAGGUCACCACGGCAACUGGGCUGAUGGUGCGCCGAGUGCAGCCCGGAGAUGGAGGAAUAUUCCAGUGUGUUGCCCGCAACACUGCAGGAGAAAUCCAGACACACACACAACUGCUUGUCUCCAGUGUGGCUCCAACAUUCACAUUGCCACCAUCUGACCAAACAGUCACUGAUGGCAACACAGCCCUGUUUACCUGCCAGACGAGCGGAGCACCAAAACCAGCUAUCACCUGGAGGAAAGGGACCCAGGUCUUAGCUAGCGGCUCGGUCCAGGUCCCCAGGGUCACGCUGCUACAGUCAGGUGGUUUGCAGAUUCAGCCGGUCAGCUUCCAGGAUUCAGGAGAGUACACAUGCAUCGCCUCCAACUCUGAGGGAACGAUUAAUGCCACCGCUACACUCACUGUGUGGAGCCGGACGCUGAUGUCUGUGCCUCCGACUGACCAGCGUGUCAUUAAAGGAACCACUGCUGUUCUGGACUGCAACGCAACACAUGACCCCAGAGUCAAUGUCAGCUUCAAGUGGGACCGCGGCGGUGUGCCAGUCGUUUCGUCGAGCGGGGGCCGUGUUUCUGUGCGCCAGGGCUCGCUGACUAUUGGCCAGACGUGGUCAGGUGACAUUGGUGAUUACACCUGCACUGUGUCGUCACAGGCUGGCAACGAUUCUCGGUCAGCACGCCUCGAAGUCAUUGAGCUGCCACAUUCCCCUCGCUCCCUGACGGCUCACCUCAAUGACUCGGACUCCCGCUCCGUGCUGCUGUCCUGGCUGCGGCCUUUCGACGGGAACUCCCCUCUUCUGUACUACCUGCUGGAGCUUUCUGAGAACAACUCUCCCUGGAAGGUCUACCUGUCGGAGGUUGAGCCAACAGUGACCAAGGUGUCGGUGGGCGGGCUCACACCUGCCAGGACCUAUCAGUUCAGACUCUGCGCUGUCAAUCAAGUGGGCAGGGGUCAGUACAGCGCUGAGACACAGAGGUUGAUGCUGAGGGAGGAGGCACCCAGCGCUCCUCCAAAGAACAUUGUGGCCAGCGGGCGGACAAACCAGUCCAUCAUGGUCCAAUGGCAGCCUCCACCAGAACCUCAGCUCAAUGGAGUCCUGCGAGGAUACGUGCUCAGGUACCGUCUGGCAGGGCUGCCAGGAGAAUACCAGGAGAAGAACAUCAGCAGUCCAGAGACCAACUACUGUCUGCUCAAGGAUCUGAUCAUCUGGACCCAGUACCAGAUCCAGGUGGCUGCUUACACUGGUGCCGGCCUCGGUGUCUACAGCAGCCCCGUCACCGAGUACACCCUGCAGGGAGUCCCCACAGCUCCUCCACAGGAAGUGGAAGUUAUCGCCCUCAAUUCGACCACUAUUCGCUUCACAUGGAACUCUCCACCACAGCAGUUUAUCAAUGGCAUCAACCAGGGAUACAAGCUGAUGGUCUGGCCAGAGCAGUCUCCAGAGGACGUUACCAUAGUAACCAUCACCCCAGAAUACCCAGGGUCAAGGCACACGGGAUUAGUUAGCGGACUCAGAAAAUUCACCUGGUACUACGGCUCUACCCUCUGCUUCACGACACCUGGAGACGGACCACGCAGUGCACCCACCCUGGUGCAGACUCAUGAGGACACGCCUGGGCCUGUUCGCCAGCUGAGCUUCACUGAAAUCCUGGACACAUCACUUAAAAUCAGUUGGGCAGAGCCUGAAGACAAGAAUGGCAUUAUCAUUGGCUAUGUGUUACGGUGGGAAGUGCCCGGGGUAGAGUCGAGCCAUGGGGAACGUUCUCUGUCCAACUCCACCCUGAAGUACCAGCUGACCGGCCUCACAUCCACCACCUUGUACACACUACAGGUGGCAGCGCUUACAGCUGCAGGACGAGGAGCACUUACAUCUGCCACCAUCUCCACUGGGGUUCCACCAGAACUUCCUGGUGCCCCAUCUAACUUGGUGAUCUCCAACAUCAGCCCUCGGACCGCUACACUAAGGUUUCGUCCUGGUCCUGAUGGCAAAACGGCCAUAUCGCAGUGGAUUGUAGAAGGACAAGUUGUGAAGGAGGACGGGAAGGAGGAGACAUGGAAAGUUGUUUACCAGAAAGACAAUCAGCCUGAUGCCGACUCACUGGAGAUCCCCAACCUCACCCCUUUUACGCAGUACAGGUUCAGGAUGCGACAGGUCAACAUUGUGGGCUCCAGUCCUCUGAGCACCCCCUCCAGGAUCAUCCAGACCUUACAGGCGGCCCCUGACACCCACCCCACCAACCUCACCCUGCUGGCUGCCACACAGACCAGCCUGCGCUUCAACUGGAAGUCUCUUCCAGACUCUGAGUACAACAGUAAUCCAGAAACCGUGGGCUACCGGCUGCGUCUGUGGAGAACCGACGGCCAGGGUGAGGACAGGACUGUGGAAGUGCAGGGGGCCGGGGGGAGCACUGAGGCCGCAAUGGAGGGCCUGAGCCCCUGGACCCAUUACCAGGUCCAGAUACAAGCCUACAACUCCAUAGGACCAGGACCUUGGAGCAACACUGUAGCUGCACACACCACAGAAUCUGUUCCGUCUGGCUCUCCAGUGAAUGUGAGUGCUGAGGCAGUGAGUUCCACCAAGAUCCUGCUCACAUGGGCUCCCAUCCCCAAGACUCAGAAGAAUGGAAUCAUACUCGGAUACAAGGUGUUGUACAGUGAGAAGGACUCUGAGGGUCCUCCCAGUGUACAGGUGGUAGAAGGAGAAAGGAGUGUGACGCUGGUCCUUGGGGGUCUCCAGAAAUACACAAUGUAUGCGCUGCAGGUGCUGGCAUACACAAGGAUGGGCAAUGGCCCCCCCAGUAACCCCACACUACUACGAACCAAAGAAGAUGUCCCAGGUCCCCCUGUCAGGAUGGUGUUUCCAGAAGUUCGAUUGUCAUCAGUUAGGGUGGUCUGGCAGCCACCGACAAACCCCAACGGCAUCCUACUAGGAUACCAGAUCUCCUACCGCCUAGAUAGCAGGGACCCUCUGCGCUGGACCACCGUGGAGGUCGGUUCAAAUGCUCGCCAGUUCACCGUCACAGGACUCGCUCCCGAGCAGACCUACGCCUUCAGACUGACAGCUCGUACUGCUGUAGGGUGGGGAGAGGAACAGGAGGCUCUGGUUGUAACCACUGAGCGCAGAGAACGACCUCAGCCACCCAGGAAGUUGUCAGUUCCUCAGGAUGGCGUUGAAGCUCGCCGUCUCCACCUCCACUGGGUGAUGGGAAACUCUGGCUCCUCCCCCCUGAGAUACUUCACAGUUCAAAUAAAGGAGCUGCCCAACGGAGAGUGGAAAAUGCACACUGCUGACGUCCCACACAAUGUGACCGCCUGGGCUGUGGACAGGCUGAAGCCCUUCACUUCAUACAAACUGCGAAUGCUGGCGACCAACGACAUUGGAGACAGCGUCUUCAGCAAAGAGACCGAGGCUGUGACGACUCUGCAGGACGUGCCUGAUGAACCUCCGGUGAUCCUCGCAGUCAGACCAACAACCACUACCUCAGUCCUGGUGCAGUGGAAGCCCCCCAGAGAAGACAGCAUUAACGGGGUGUUGACUGGUUACCGGCUAUAUUAUAGAGAGCUCCCAGCAAACACUUCCACGUUCGCUGAAGCAGAUAUCCAGGCAACCAAAAACAACACCGCAAGUGCCCUUAUUACGACCAAGAGCACCUUCAAGACAGUCAGCAGCGCCUCGCUAACAGAGUUCGAGUUGACUCAACUAAAGAAGUUCAAACGCUACCAGAUUGUGAUGACGAGCUACAAUAUUAUUGGAGAGAGCCCCCCAUCCACACCUUUUGAGGUGUCAGUUGGAGAGGCAGCUCCGUCAGUGGCUCCUCAGUCGAUCAAAGUGUCAGCUGCGUCUCCCUCCAUUCUGGAAGUGACCUGGGAUACACCCCCCCUCGAGACACAGAAUGGACUCAUCCAAGGAUACAAGAUCCACUACUGGGAGAGGGAGAAUCAGAACCAGACUGAGAAGGUUAAGGUGAUCUUCGUCCCAGACACACGGGUGCACCUCACCAACCUGAGCAGUUACACCCCUUACCUGGUGACACUGACGGCCUUCAACACAGCUGGAGACGGCCCCCCCAGUGACCCCCGAGGGGCCAGGACCCUGCCGUCCGCUCCGAGCAUGCCCAGCUGCCUCACCUUCUCCGAGGUCACGGGUGGAAGUGUCAAUGUGUCCUGGGGGGCUCCUCUGACUCCUAAUGGACAGAUAGAGGGCUACAGGGUCAUCUACCAGCCCACUGUUCCAGUACAAGGAGUGAGUAAAGUGGUGACGGUGGAUGUGAAGGGCAGCUGGCAGCGGUGGCUGAAGGUUCGAGACCUGAUCAGAGGAGCAACCUACAUAUUCAGUGUUCAGGCUCUCACCGUCAGCUAUGGAUCACCUAUCGAAGCAAAUAUAACUGCUCAAUCAGUCCAAGGCACCCCCGGGAGUCCUAUGGAAAUGUCCAUCACCAAGACCUCCUCCUCAGCCCUCACCCUGCACUGGUCAGAGGGCGACACCGGUGCAGCACCCAUAACCGGAUAUGUAAUUGAAACUCGUCCCUCAGAUGAAGGAGUGUGGGACUCGUUCAUCAGACUCCUCCCUCCCAGCAGCAGGUCUGUCUCUGUGCCUCUGGAGCGCCUCAGGUCCGGGAUCAGCUACGAGUUCAGAGUCAUUGCUGUUAAUCGCUAUGGUUACGGACAGCCAAGCACACCCUCUGCUGCUCUUGCCGCAUUGACAGAUCGUCCAUUCUACGAGGAGUGGUGGUUCCUGCUGGUCAUGGCUUUGGUCGGACUCAUCCUCAUUCUGGUCCUGGUCUUCACUCUGCUGCUACAUGGACAUAACUCCAAGUACAAGACCUGUGGCACAGGGAAACAUGCAUCGACAGCUGAGGAGUCUGUGACUCUAGACAACGGAGGUUUCACUGCCCUGGAGCUCAACAGCAGAACUCUGAACACCAAGAACUCUUUCCUGAAAAAGAAUGGAACCAGGUCUCCUCCCAGGCCCAGUCCAGGCGUCCUUCACUACUCCGACGAGGACAUCUGUAACAACUAUAAUGGCGCCGUGCUCACUGAGAGCACUACGCUCACCGAGAAACCCACUGAGGUCUCUGAGUCAGAGUUAACAGACAGCGACUACGAGGACGAACAGCCCAAACACUCCUUCGUCAACCACUACAUGAGCGACCCCACCUACUACAACUCCUGGAAGCGGCAGCCCAAAGGCCUCAAAGGCAUCGGCGCUCCGUUUGGUUAUGAGGAAUGUGCCACCGCAGACAAGGAGCCGUACUACCAGACGGUGGUGACUCAGCACAGCACGGGCGGUGCAUACACACCCAGCGGACAACCUGCGCACACGCACGUCAACCCCAACACCAACCCGCCAGGGUCGCGCACCCCUGUCACGGGAUUCUCCUCAUUCGUUUGACUCUAGAGACCAAAACCUGCACAAAUGAUGCACACACACAUACACAAAAUGAAGGAGUGGGCCGGUGUGUUUGGACUAAAAGGGGGAGAGAGAGUGGAGACAAGACGAGGGGGGAUGAGGUGAGGAGCGAUGGGAUGGACUGGUGAAGAAAACAGCCCUUCAGGCCCCAAAGAACUAAACUAUACACUUCUCACUCACCUACUCCCCUCGUUCACAAAGAUCCUCACUGUGUCGACAAGUGUGUGUCGCUCUCCUACUUUUUUACUUCUCUGUGUCACUGUGCUUACACACACAGUUGUCGUUUCCACACAUUCACCUGGCGUAAACAACCAGACGAUCGCGCUGUUUCAAAGACUCUUCAAUGAGAGAGCAAAGAGCAACUAGAAAGGGUGAGCCUGUGUAAAUGUGGAGGAGGGAGUGGAAUCUGGAAUCUCUGCACAACGCUUCUUCUCUAUUUUCUGUAUUUACACACAUAAAAGUGCACAAAUAGACAUGCCCUCUCUCUUAUACGCCAUCUCUGAACCUCCCACUGGGAGAGAAGAACUUCAAGGUUGUGGAAAAUUAUGAAAGAUGGCACAGAACGGAGCAGCUUUUGUUGACAGACUGGUCCAUGUACACAAAAACGCGGAGCUGUCAGCUUUAAAGACCACCCCGCUGAGGAGACCAAGAAACAAUCAAUAAUCCCAGUUUCUGAAGUGGAUAAAGGAUGGAGUGUGGGCGGGGGGGUUCUUCAGUACUUAAGGCAUUCUCAGUGAGAGUGCAGCGUGGUUUCUGAGAUCAAUAUGUGUGAUGUUAGAUUUGGAGUAUAUGAAAACCAUGUUUUUUACCGUCUACUGCCUACUGUCAGCGCUCCUUAUUCCGCAGCCUCCCAAGCCAUAUGCUUGCACUGAGCCGAGUCCCACACAUUUCAUGUCGUUCUGUUGAAAUUGUAAUUUUUUUUUUUUCCAACUCAGAGCGUAACGCGUACAUACGACAUGAACGGCUUUGUUCAUCUAUCUUCGCUGUUCAGUGCUAAGCGAAGUGUGCCAUCAUCGUACGUUUGUGUUUCUAGGAUGGAUUUUGUACAGGGAAGCCCCUUUUUACUGUUGUGCAUCAUCUGGCCAUGUUUGUGUAAUUCAAAGCAGAUGUUAAAUACAGAACUGGUGCAAAGUUCUGAUUAGUUGUACACUGAAAUGGACAGGAGGUGGAGUGUGGAGCUGACUUCCUGCCAAAACUUGACAAAUGAACAUGUUUCAUAGAUUUUAGAUGUUCUGUUUAAUUCACCUCUGUAACAGCAGGUGCUGCUGACUCAACUGAAGCACUAGUGUUAUGCCAAAUAAUUUAGAGCUUUUAGAUUUUAAGUAUUUUUGUUUAGUUUUUCAGAUAUUUUCAUGGUUAAAUAAUGUUACCCACAUUAUAUUUUCAACUGUUUCAACCUGUUGAUAGGUGUGUUCGCAUAAAAUGUCCAUUGCGUUUGAAGUUAGCUUUUAAAAAGUCACAACACUGAACAAAAACAGGUUGUGUGGUGUUGUCAGGAGGUGGUGCUACAGGUUAAGAGUAGAAGAAGAAGAGCUUUUUUGUUUUACUUUUUGGCAGGAAAUUAGCUCCAUGGAGGAGUCAGAGUACAGAUUAUUUGUUGUGUUAGUAAAUGAGAGAGUACAGAGUAAGAUAACGAGAAGAUUUAAAGAAAGUACUGUUGUGAACUUGAACCUGAAUGACUGGGCCUCCCUGUCUCAGCUUCACCAGCCCAAACAACACACACUGUUCUUCUCUUUAGAUGCAAACAAUCAUCAAUGUUUUUUUGUUCAUGUAUUAUUUAAAGAUUCUGCUCCCACCCUGCAGCAGCUCCCUCAUUCUGUCACACUUGUUUUAACUCCCAUACAGUGUGUGAAUAAAUGGUCAUUGUUAAA